CAAACGAAAUGUGUUCCUUUAUACAGUAUCCUGCAAUAAGUCACAUUUUGUCGUCAUAAAAACAGAAAAAUAUAUACAUACUCUUGAAAAGUCGGAUCGAGCAGUUGCUUAUAUGUUUUAUUGGAAUAUGGAUAUUUCCUGGUCCGAUUGAAAGAAAUAGAAUUAUAGAAAUUGUGAUUUUAUAAAAUCUCCUAUUAUCGUGCACUUGCUUAAUUUAGAAAUUUGGCAACAGCUUAAUAUAUGUUUAUUUUGAUUUUCAUUUAUAAUGAAUAGUUGAAAGUUGGCUGAACUACAUACUUCUAUCAAAUAUGGUAAUAUUUUUGUAAAAAGAUUUUGAUAUUCCCUCAAUGAACUAGUGUACUUUACUAUCUCUUACAAGGGCAAGAUAAGAAAAUAAGAAUUUGAAACGAACAAAACAAUAUAAAAGUUGUCUUUAGUUUUAACUAUAACCUAAGUUUUUAAGAAAUUUAUUAUCUAAUUUUACGAUUUAAACUUAGAAUAAGUUACGUAAGAAUAGAAUCGAUAAAAAGAAACAUAAGAUGCUCUGUUAAAAAUAAUUCUUAGAAAAUCAAAACAACAUUGAUUUCUUUAUAUGUUUGCAUUUUUAAAGAAAAAUGCGCCGUCAUUCUUUGUAGUUGACUAAAAAAUGACUCAUAAUAUAAUUAUUAAAUUGCAUAAAUAUUUAUAUAGAAUAUUAAUAAGUAUAAUAAUAGGGUUUAUUGGCAAAUUAACGACUGUUUAUAAAAGAAAAUUUUAAGAUAAUUAUUAAACACUGUAGGAGAUUUCAAUGAAGAAAUCUUUUGUUAUUUUAAUUGGUUAAUAUAUGAUGGAAAGAUAUAUGUUCUAUAUUUCUUCAACAGUUCACAAAUAGUUGACUUAGUUAUAAUCAGAAACAUUACUUACAUACUACUAAAAACUGAUGUUAUCUAUAUGUUAUCUUUAUCUAUAUACAGUCUGGCAUGCUUGGUAAUCUUACGGCUUGGGUGCUAAAUACAUAUUUAGGAGAAUAUGUUGAAAAUUUCGAUGCUAGUCAUUUAACCAUUGGUUUAUUACGAGGUCAGGUUGAGUUAGAGGAUCUGCCCUUGAAGAAAUCUGCAUUCGAUAAACUUGGUUUGCCAAUUGAAGUUAAAUCUGGAAUUAUUGGCAAAGCCACGCUGAAUAUACCUGUUAGACAACUAAAAAGUCAACCUUGGAUAAUACGUUUGAGUGAUAUAUAUGUAGUUUUAGGAUGCUGUGAUGAGUCUAAGUUUAAUGAACAAGACUUAAAAAAAUCUCUUCAAGAAUGGAAAUUACAAAAAUUGAAGAUUUUAGAAGAAAAAUGGAGAGAAACACAAGGAACAAAACAAAACUCCGCAUGGUGGUGGUCAUAUGGAACAUCAUUUGUCUCAAAUAUUUUGGAAAACGUUCAGUUAGAUUUAAGUGGUGUUCAUAUACGCUUUGAAGAUACAGGAAAUCUUAUAGGAAAACCAUUUGCAUUUGGUUUACAAUUUGAUUCAUUGUCUGCAAAAAGUACUGAUCAUGACUGGAUACCAAAGUUUGUGCAUAGAGCGGAAACAGAUAUUAUGAGAAAAUUACUUGAUAUAAAAGAUUUUGCUAUAUAUUGGAAUGUUCAACCUUCACAAUUCUAUUGUAAUCUUGAAGCAAGAGAGUUGAUAAAUGAAUUAAAUAAACAGUCUAACCUUGAAAAUCAGGAUAUCGAGAAUCUAAUUCCACCGUUAAGUUUAAAGGCAAAAAUGCAAAGAAAUACACAAAUGGAGGCGUUAAAGUCACUUUCAACACCUAGAAUUGCCCUUGAUAUUGUCAUGUCUGAUUUGCCUGUAAAUCUGUCUAGUAAACAAUACUCUCAAUUUAUAAGAUUAACUCGAGCAAUAGAGAAGUUAGAGAGAAAACAGAAAUAUGCAAAAUGGAAACCUCAAGUUCCUAUUUCAAAAGGCCCAAAAGAAUGGUGGAAUUUUGCUAUUAAUUGUCAUCUAGAAGAAAUUCAUCAUUCUAGAGAAGUUUAUACAUUUGAGUUUUUACUAGAACGCGCAAAAUUACUUGUUGGAUAUGUAAAAGCUUAUGAAAAACAAUGGAAACAAGAAUACGUUGAUAUUAAAUCAGAAGAGUUUUUGAGAGAAGCUGAAGAAAUAUUUAAUUUUGAUCAACUAAAAUACUUAAGGGAGAUUGCAUUAAAAAGAGCGGAGAGAACAAAAGUUUUACAGGAAGAUCAAGCGAAAGCUGAAACUGAAAAAAAUGUUGAAGCUAAACAAGAAAAUAGUUGGACAGGAUAUUGGUUUAGUGGUUGGUAUGGAGGAAAGAAAGAUGAAUUACCGGAGAAAAAGCUACCGGAUAAAAUAGCUGGAGCUAUUGAAGAGAAAGAACUAGAGGAUUUUAUCGAAAGUAUAAAAGAGACAAUCGAUAAUGAUACACUACUUAAACGAGACGCUGUCUUUGCGAAAUUCUCUUUCAGAUUGGAAAAUGCUCAGCUAGGGCUUUUCACAAAUCAAACUAAAGACAGUCAAAUAGUCGAAUUUGCUGCUAAAAAUUUGAUACUUCAAUCUGAAUGGCGACCACGAAGUUUAAGCUAUAAACUAAAUAUGAGCGUGCAAAGCAUUCAAAUUAAUGAUAAAACCAAUUCGAAUUCUUUACUCCCUUCUUUAAUAUCGCCUCAAAGAAAAGUGGAUGCCAGCUCCUAUCGCUCAAUGUUAUCAACCCUCUUUAGGCCUCAAUCACCAAUACCAACACCUUCACCAACAGGAUUCUUUGGUGACGAAAAGCUAUUUGAAUUAACAUUUGAAAAGAAGCCUCCUAAGUCAAAUUCUGAUUAUUGCUUUGAACUGAAAACACGACCACUUGAUAUUGUCUACAACGCUAAAAUAUUGCAAAAGAUACGAGACUUCUUUUCCAUAAGACGGUCAUUACUCUCAAGCGAGGCACAAGAAGAUGCCUUACUAGCGGCAAUUACUAGACGAAAAUUUGAUGAGUUGAAGAAACAGACGGCUGAAGGUUUACAAGAGAAAUUAGACGAAUUAAUUGAAGGAUCAGAUGCCAUAACAUCAAAGAGAUGGCAGGUUAACCUUGAUGUUGCAGCUCCUCAAAUCAUUGUACCCGAUUCGUUUGACAUAAAGCCAGCAACUUAUGUUGUAAUUGGUCUUGGUAGAUUACAAUUUCACAACGUAACAGCUGGAAUAUUUCGAAAUGAAAGUCAGUCAGAUAUUAAUGAAGAUGAUGAUGAAGAAGAUUUUUUCGUUACGCCAUCAUCUACACCACCUACAGAAAGCAUGCCUCCUCAAUCAUUAUCCGAUUUAAGGGCUGACUCAGAUUUAUCACAUCAAGCUCUACAAGAAAAAAUUUACGAAAAAUACAUACUUAACCUAUCGGAUGCCCACGUUAUGAUUGGUACCAGUAAUGAUAAUUGGAAAAAUGCAUUAAAUAAAAAUUCUAGUAUACUACAUUGUAUUGAUAGAUUUUCCAUUAGUUUACAAAUUGAAAGGCGGCUAAUUCAUUCAGAUGAUCCCGAAUGGCCAAAAUUAACACUUUCAGGGAAUGUUCCAGCAUUACAGCUACAUGUUAGCGAAUCUAAAAUAAAGGCAUUACAAUUCUGCUUCAAACUAUUUGCAAGUAAUCCAGAAAUUAAUCUUAAACGAAAAACACCCAAUGAGAUUACAAGAAGCGUUUCCAAAGAGACAGCUAUGUAUCAAAGUGUAUAUAGCUUGUAUAGUAAAAGCGUAUUAAAUGUCUCUAGCUAUUCGUCCUCUAAUGAAGAUGAAAAGAAAAAAAUUGCCGAAUCGAAACUGUUUCUUAUGCAAUUUACGGUUAAUAAGAUGUCUUUAGAAGUUCAGAGUCAAGGUAGACCGAUUGCUGAAUUACAAAUAUCUGGUGUCAGAGCUAACUUUACUAAACGUCCAUAUGAUUUGUCAACUUGUUUGACAGUACAUAGUCUACUUGUGGCAGAUGCAAUGCAAACUUAUGGACCUGAUUUUGAGCUAUUAGUUGCCUCUCAUCGAAAUUUAUGUCUGGAUAGUAGAUCUGGAAGUAUACGAGAUUCUGAUCCUAACUCUCCCAUACUAAAAUCACCUGCUAGUCCUAGUUCACCAGGAGAAAUAGACCUACCACCAAAACAGAGAUCCAGUUUCACAAGUAUUCAUCAUAUGUUUAUGAACGCCCUGCAGAAUGUUACAGGAUCUAAAAAUUAUGAAUCAUCGAUGAGAACAGCGUCACCUCCUAUAAUUGAUAGUGAAGCUUUGAUAAGUGUCGAAAUCGAAGUUAUCGAAAGGAAAGAUGAAGAAAGUGAUCCAAUGAUAAUUGGAAAUCUUCAAUUUCAUAGUUUAGAUUUUAUUUUCAAUCAAGAAACCCUUAUCGAAUUACUUAGUUUCUAUAAAACUGUUCUUCCAUCUACAAAAUCUCUGCAGAAACCUUCAUCAACUGCAGUUGACCGUGUUGCUAAAACUUCCGGCUAUUCAAUUGAGCUAACAGCAGAUCUCAGACGUUUAAACUUAUUGUUAAUGAGAACGCAACCUAUUGGACAAAUGGUUCGUGGAGUUAAAGUUGCAACUGUGGCUGUAACCGGUGGUAGGGUUGGAACAACAGUAACAGGAGGAUCUGUAGAAUUAAAAGGAUCAUUGGAUGGAAUGGAAAUCGUAAGUGUUCUAGACGAAAAUAAACAAACAGUAUUUUGUGUUGGGGGCAAAGAAGAAGUUGUAUUAGAAGAGAGUGAAAAAGCUUGCGAUUUCGAAUUUUAUAAGGAUGAUUCUGAAUUUUCUGCCCCAAAGGUCAAAGUCCACAUGGCAUCUCUAUGCUACUUUCACAAUCCAAUAGUCCUGCAACAAGUUUCUUUCUGCUUAGAUCAAUUCCAAGAACAAGUUAGAACAUUAGCUGCACAGAUUAAAAGUCAUGCAAAAGAUUACGCUAUGAGUAUUGUAAAGCCUAAAUCGACAAAUAUGACGUUCGACGCAAUUUUUGAAACACCAUAUAUAGUCUUACCUAAGUCAGCAAAUAGUAGUAGUGUUCUUAUUGCUCAAUUAGGAACAAUAGAUAUGAAACAUGAUACACCUUUAGCAAAUUCAACAAUGAUUGAUGAAGGAUUAGAAAAGUCAAAUCUAUUUUCUGUUGAUAUGAGAGAAGUUAAGAUGUUUGCUGUUGAUGGCUGUGAUAGAUUGUUGAAUAUUGGAGUGGAACAAUUAAUAGAGUAUUGUCGUCGAGGAUCAAAAAUUUUACACGAGGCUAACUUGCUGUUCAAUGUUGAUAGACAAAAUUUAUCGACAGAUAUAGAACUCGAAGAAAGGCAAGAAAUUGCAAUAAGCGGGAAAAUUAUUACACCUAUAAAAAUGACUUUAAGAAAGGAUUCUUUUGAACAAAUUUUAGCUACAUUAAAUAAUUUAACACCUGAAAGCAAUGAAUUCAGUGAUUCUUCUGCAGAGUUUGAUACUAUGAGUCUUGAAAGCUUUGAUUCAACAUUUUCUCCUGAAAAAAUUCCACUAGCCAUUAAAGCUUCAUUUGACCUACCUUUGUUUCAAGUUACUCUAGAGUUUGAACAACAAGGAGGCGUUGAUGUUAAACUUCACGAUUUUACAUUUUCCUUAACUAAAAGAGACAAUCAUAGCAAAAAUCUAGAUUUAAAAUUGCAAAGUUUGACAGUUAAAGACCUAUUGGAACCAGAAAAUUCUAGUCACAGGUAUUUAAUGGUCUCUAAUGCUUUUAUCAAGAGGCAAAAGGAAGAACCCCAAUUCAUAUCAACGUCGUGCCCAACUAGUAUGAUUGACAUAAAUGCUCCAGAAAUGCCUUCCAGUCUACCAACAUCUUUCACAAGUAUUCCAGCGUUCAGUAGCGAUAAUAGAACACCAAUUAAACGACUAAAAUCUAAAAGUAGCGAAUGUCCUGAUACACCACCCCCAACCCCAACAAAUUCAAGAAGGAGAUCCAAAGGAGAUGAUGAAGCAUUUGUUCAUAUUAAUGUUACUCUGGUUGAAAAGAAAAGCCCACUGUUUGAAAGUAAAUUUAACAAGACCCACAGGAUCAUUACAGCUGAAUUCAAUACUUUGAAUACAACUAUGAAUUUACAGACCUGGGUUGUGUUGUUAGAUUUCCUCGGUUUAGGAGCAAAAGUACAUGAUCCAGAUGAAUUUCGAUUGAAUCGAUCAAUAUCCCAAGUCAAUAGAAGAAUAUCAACCGUAGACGAGCCAGUAAAUACUGAAGUACAAUUCUGUGUGAAUAGUUUAUCUUUAAUUUUAAAUAAAGAAAACUAUGAACUUGCCAGUGCAAAUGUAUCAAACUUAGAAAGUCAUGUUAUAAUGAGAGAUCAUAAUUUAGACAUGAAAGGCACUUUAGGUAGCGUAUAUUUGAAGGAUUCCUCACCAGAAGGAUAUUUAUAUGACCAGAAAUUUUCCUCAACUGGAGAGCAGGCAUUAGCCUUUGAAAUAAAAAAAUAUGGAUUACCAGACCCCGAUUUGAUCCGAGAUUAUGAUAUUAGCAUAAACUUGAAAAUGUCAUCUGUGAGAUACAUUCACACUCAACGAUUUAGUCAGGAGGUAUUGGCUUUCUUUCAAAAUUUCAACCAACUUCAAGAUGUUCUCGGGAGAAUGAGAGCUUCAUCUGCCGGGAAAAAAAUAAGUGAAAAAGCUUUUCGAGGAUCUCGUAUUUUACUAAGCAUAGAUGCUGGAUCGCCAAUAAUUGUGUUACCAAUGAGUUCCCGCUCCAACCAAAUUAUUGUUGCAGAUCUUGGAAAAUUAACUGUUAGAAAUCGAUUCUUAUUUGCAAAUGAUCCGCAAACUUUAAGUUCUAAGAAUCAACCCCCUCCAACAAUCAUAUCAGCAAUGGAUUUGAGUGUCUAUGGAUCAUUAGAAAAAGAUUUAAGAGCAGGAGAAACUGAAGACAAUCAUAUCUGUUUGUUAGAUGUUUGGAAAGUUGGCUUAAAAGAUAUGGAUUUAUACGAAGCUAGAAGAUCGGAAAGAGAUCAUUAUAUUGAUAGUAUAGAAUUUGGAAAUUUCAGCGUUGAAAGACAAUCUAAACUUUUAGAAGAGAAAUGCGAAUUGAGUUUACAGGUUGAAAGAAAUUUAGAAGGGGAUAUUUCUCAUUCAGUUCCUGACUUCUGCAUUGAAGGAUCUCUUAGUUCAGUGUAUUGUUCACUAGGCUUAGAGCAAUUUAAACUUGUAAAGGGAUUCUUAGAAUUUAACCUGGGAGAACAAUUAGAUGAAUUUAAACAGCAAAUGAUGUCCCAUUUAAGUGAUCCAAAAAUACAUACAAUCAUCAGCGGUAAUGUUUGGAAAGGAAUGUCAUUUAGCCUGCACUUAAAAAAUGUCACUGUUGAAUUAAGCAACUCUGAAAAUGAUGAAAAUUCUUUAGCAAAGUUUGAUUUUAUAUCUUCAAAAGUUUCUUAUGAAAGUCACUCGGAUGGAACGAAAGAUAUAGAUUUAGUUUCUAAUGAAAUUUUAGUGUCUGACCUACGAUAUAUCAAGGAACCAUCAAACACUCGUCCUAAUGUUUUCACUAACAUUUUACAACCUAGUAGACAAAAUGGAAAUGGAAAUACUAAACUGCAAAUGGAGCUAAAUUAUAGAAAGACUAAAUCAGCUACUAAAUUUACUAUUUUAUUAAAUGACAUGAAAUUAAUGGGAAUUUUUGAUUGGUUAUUUAUUAUGAAAGAUUAUUUAUUAUCAAAACCCAAAAAUCCUGCAUCGGAAUCGUCUUCAAGAAGUCAUUCGAUUGAAAGUUCUAUAAUUGGCCCAUUUGAGGCGAAUAAACCUACUGGACAUCCAAUGACAGUUUCUGUUACGGCUGGAAUCAUUACAAAAAGAGUAAAUAGUGAAACAGGGGAGUCUCCUUUUGAGCUAAAGCUAAAUGUGACAAAUACCGAGUUAGUUUUGGUUGAAGAUGCAUCUCAGCUGGAUUCUAAUGCUGUCAUCCUAAAGAGUACUGCUGUUCUUACCUAUAAGCCAACCCACCACGAUAGACCUUUAAAUUGUAAUCUUCAAAGCCUAGAAGUUUUCUCUUGUUGCCUAUCCUCGGAAGAGGAGACCGCCCUAUCUAUUAUUGACCCAACUACUGUCAGCUUGGAACUUAUAGGAAAAACUAUGCCUCAUCAUCACGAUUCAUUCUCGAGCGGUUUAAUGGAAGUUCAGAAACGUGUUGAACCUGUUCUUGAAGUAUCUUUCACCUCACUAAAUAUUAGAUUAUCUUACAACGAUUCUAAGCUAUUUCUGGCCAUUUUGAAAUCACUUCCGAAGCAAGCACAAAGUAUUGUCGGCUCGAAAUCAAAGAAUGUUGUAUCAUCUAAAUCCAGUUACAGCGUUGUUGAUCAGGAGGAAUAUCUAACUGAGAAUUUGCGUUCCCUGGGCUAUCCUACAGAAAAAUGUAAACUUGCUCUGAAGGAGGCAGAUAACGAUGUUGAAUUAGCAAAACAAAUCCUAAUUCAAGGUAAAAAUUUUACAUCAUCCAGAUCCAUGCUUGAAUUGAAGAAUGACGAAAAGAAGGAAAAUUUAUCGAUACACUCUUAUGAGAUUAAAGCUGGUAAUAUAUGCAUUUGUCUAAUUGACGAUUGCUUGGAUGCAGACGUACCCCUACUUGAAUUAACAAUGACAUCUGUUCAAUUACAUCAAGUUUUUCAUGGAGCGAUUAGAGGGCGCGCUAGUUUUAAAUUUGCACUAGAUUCUUACAAUAGAAGGCUUUCUGGUUGGGAACCUGUUAUUGAACCUUGGCAGUGCAGAGUUAACUGGGAGCAAAGUUAUUCAGAUAGCUCGGAGGGUUCUCAAAGAGAUUUAACUGUUAAAAUGGAAUCGAGAGAUGUUAUCAAUGUUAACUUAACGAAAACGUUAAUGCAACUCUACUCUCAAACAAAAGAUAAAUGGAUGGAAGAUUAUUAUGAAGCAGCACAACCUGUAUCUUUUGCAGUACCAAAGCGUCGAAUACCAUUUAUUCCCUUCACUAUUCGAAAUGAAACUGGUGUUAAUCUGAACUUUGCCACUAUUGUUACUACCCCUACUAGAUUUGCUGAUGAAACUGUAAAAGAAACAAAACGAAAUUGGACGUUAGUGGAAAAAGAUGGUCAAAUCAAUUUUAAAUUUCAAGAGAGAGAAAAAACUAGACAUAAAAAUACGCAUCAAUUGAAAAUACAACAAGUCAUAAUAAAAGUUAGCGGAUGGCAGGAGGCGAGCGCUUUAUCUGUAGAUAAAACUGGCGUUUUCUUUAGAGACGUGACAGCCGACAAUGAAACAUCAUCUUCUGUUUUUUCAAGCCAACGAAGUGCUCGCAUUGUGUUUGAUAUAUCUUUAGAAGGUACUGCAAAGAAAGUUAUUACAGUUCGAUCCGCUCUGCUCGUUCAGAAUAAACUGCCUGAUAAAAUUGAAUUAAAACUUACAGGGCAAACUACUCUUAUGGACAAAGUUUAUGAAUUGGAUACUGGAACAAAAUUCGCUGUUCCUUUACCGUAUGUCUCAUCAAGAAUAUAUGUUCGUCCAAGUGGAUGGGGAUCAAAUUACUGCUCUAAAGAUAUCUAUUGGAGUCAUGCAACAAAAACAGCAGAAUUUCAAAGUUAUGUUCGAAGUUGUGAUUGGUCUGCUGAUACUUCAGAUAGCACAUAUAGAUUUUGUGUAUCCGUUUAUCGCCAAAAAUAUCCUCAAGAAGAAAAAAUUGUUUCCAAGACAAUAACUGGCGGCACUUCAGUGUCUUUCAACUCUUAUCCUCAACCGGCUCAUUUAAUUACCCUUUGUCCUCCUAUAACAUUCAGAAAUUUGUUACCUUUUGAUAUUACACUUGAUAUUUCGGGUACAAGCAUUAAGAACGAACUAAAAGCAGGCAGUGAAGUGUUUCUAAGAGACGCUAAUAUUGAAGAAGAUAUAAGUUUACGAAUAGAUAUGGAAUACUUUAAACAAUGUAAAACCCUUAUCAUAUCGAAGUCAGACUGGAUGAAUAUUUGCAAUACCUAUAAAAUUAUGUUUGAAGAUAAAAAGGAAAGACUUUUACAAUUAUUCUUAGAGAUGAAAGAAGGUUUAGGAGGUUGUUUGAAAAUGGUUCUCUAUGGAAAAUUCUGGAUUCUUAACAAAACUGGCUUACCUCUAUUAUUUAAGCAGGACGAUGCUUCAACUGAAGCAGCUGGCCAAUUCGAUGAACACGAGGCUGCUCGUUGCGUUACACCUUUUGUGUUUUCAUACGCAAAUCACGAUGCAUCAGAGGCACUUUUAAUGAGAAUUGGAAGAACUGUUCACGGUUCUGCAAAACCAUCAUGGUGCAGGAGAAUUAACCUAAUAAAUGGAAUAUCAAGAAGAGAUCUUCAUGUCACUCCUCAUGACAAAAGAAAGCCUGACUGGGUAUACGAUAUUGGUAUUGAAGUUUGCCCCGGAAAAGGGCAAUAUAGUAGAACGAAAAUGGUUACGUUGACUCCCAGCUUUCACUUUGAAAAUCGAACAAAUUAUAGAUUAUUAUUUGCCCAAGAAUUUUUUACAAGAGGAAAAGGAUUCGAGAACAUCCAUGGUCAAUUAGUAGCCCUACCAAAGUGUAAUAUGGCAUUCCAUUGGCCAAGAGUUGAUUUGGAUCAAUUGCUAAGUGUUAGACGCCUGGAUAUUGCAGAUUGUCAUUGGUCUGGUGGUUUCAAAAUAGAUGUUGUUAAUUCUUUCCAUGUGAACAUGAGGGAUAGUGAAGGAACUUGCCACUUUCUACAAGUGGAUGUCAUUCUAGAGCAAGCAACCUUUUACACAAUUUUCACUGAUGCCCAAACUAUGCCUCCACCGUAUCGAAUAGAUAACUUGUCAGAGGUUCAAAUACAAUAUUUCCAAACUAAAACAUCAAAUGAUCAAUUAAGGACUAUAAUCAAACCAAACACUAAAGUGUCUUAUGCAUGGGACGAACCAACACAGCCUCAUCACAUCACUCUAUCCGUACCUGGCGGUAGUAGUUCUACUUAUAACUUGGACGUUCUAAAAGAUGGCGAUAAACUUUGCUACGAAAAUUUCAUUUAUAUUGCAUUUACUGGAACCUUUAAAACGGAUGGAAUUCCAGGUGGAGAAGAGCUUGUUUUAGAUGUACCAAGCGAAAAUAAUGGCUACAAAGUCUACCUGAAACGAAAAGAGGCAGGAAAACGGUCACAAUUAUGGAGAAUGAAUACUGAAGGAUAUUUAAUACAUGAAGGUUCAAUGCCACCGUCAGAUCCAAGAUCAACGCCAAAACCGGCUACCAAUGCUUACGUUCUAGAUAUUGAUGAUAUAGCUAUUCAACCAAAUAAAGAAACGUCUCUUGUUAUAAGGAAGAAAAACGAUAGAAGAAAGGGUACACAAACAUGGAAAUGUGUGAUGGGCACUUUACAGCUACGAAAUGCUAAUGCUCCCUUCAUAGUACAAUCGCAACACGGUUUAGAAGGAAUGAUAGAUGGUGGUGAAGCUAUUUUAGUUAGAUCUAACGAUCUAAUAGUAUCCAUUGAUUCUAUUCCAAUAUAUAAAAUGGUUGGUUUCAAGAAAGUCCGACCUGGUUCCGGAUUAUUAUCUGUUAAAGUCACGAUGGAUGGACCAACAAGAGUUCUUGAAAUUACUGAUGUUAGAUAUGCGGGACAUUUAAGAAAUCCAAUUGGAAGUUCAGUUGAUAAGUUGGAAUCAGAAAAAGCGAAAUCCGAUGAAUUAUCGGAGAAUAGAAGCGUUGAUAUAUCAGUAAUUCUGACAGAAGGUGUAGGAGUGUCAUUGAUAAAUCAUUUACCAGAAGAACUAUUGUAUAUAAGAUUAAAAGAGAUAAGUGUACAUUGGAACUUAAAUGCUGACUCGGAACAGACUAUGCAAGCAAGCAUUCAUUCCAUCGAAGCUGACAAUCAACUCUUUGGCUGUAUCAAUCCAAAAGUACUUCAAAUCCCAGUUAAGAAGAAUGAAAUUGAAAAUUCAGCACCAGCACUAUUUCUAAGCUUUACAAAAUUAGAUUCAAAACGUUGGAAUAUUGACGUUUUCAAGAAUAUAGAGAUAAAAUUACGAGCUGUUAUGCUAAGAUUAGAAGAGAUUUUGCUAUGGAAGUUUAUUCAAUUUUUUACCAGUUUAUCCCAAUUGAUAGAAAUUGAUGAAGAUAAGAGAAAUUCAUUAUCAGAUAAAUGGACGGCAACUAUUGGUGUUGAUCUAAAGCGAUACUAUGCUGGACGGCUAUCUAUUGAAGCAAAUAAAUUGUUACUUUCAUUAAAAACGAGACCAGAACUUCCAGAAGACCUGAAAGCUAUUAAGAGGCAAAUCGGUGUACCUUUGGUCAAAUUUGAUGAAGCUAAUGUUGAAUUGGAAUCUUUUGUUAAGGAUCAUUUAUUUAAUACAAAGAAAUUGCUCAAAGAAGCUAUUUUAUUACAUUUUAGAGAGGAAUUCCGUAGUCAAGCUGCUCAAAUUUUAGGAUCCGUCGAUUUCCUUGGAAAUCCUGCCGGUUUAAUUAAUGAUGUAUCCGAAGGAAUUUCAAGUCUAAUUGAUGGUAACAUUCCUGGUCUAUUUGCAAACGUUACUCAUGGCGUAUCCGACUCCACGGCGAAAGUUAUGGGAUCAGUGUCUGAUGUAGUCGGUCUUCCUUUUGAUAAUAAACAUGAACAGAAAAGAAGAGAAAUUAGAGAACAGGCCAGCGGACCGUGGGAUUCUCUGAAAGCCGGGGGAAAAGGCCUAGGCCACGGACUAUGGGGUGGCGUUAAAGGAGUUAUUGAUCAACCCAUUAAAGGCUACAAAGAGAAUAGAGUUGGAGGGGCAAUUAUUGGUAUUGGUGCUGGAUUUUAUGGUCUAUUGGCAAAGCCAAUGGCUGGUGUAUUAGACUUUGCAACCGGCGGGGCAACAGCCGUUAGAGAAUUUGCUAGUUCGAAAGGGGAAGAAAAUGGAAAACGAAUCAGGCUAGCAAGAUGUUGCACGGGUCCAGCUGGUUUAUUACCUGCCUAUGAUAGACGUAUUUCCGCCGCCCAACAAUUACUGUUCUCAUUAAAUUAUAAUCGCUACGAUGAAAGAUGCAUCGAUUUGGUAUGUCUACGACAGCAGAGUGAAGUGACAGUAAAAGCGCUAAUAACUUCUAGAAGGACCUUUAUAAUAGAUCAUAAAGAAGAGGUUAAAGUUAUUGUAAAAGUUGAUUAUGCAACACUGCAAAACUGCAAAUCCUUAGAGAAGUCUGGAAAAUUUUAUAUUGAAUUCGCUUGCAAAGUUGAUAAAGACGGAGAAUCAGUUGAAAGUGACGAACCUAAAAUAAAAAGACCAUGGGUUAGUUGCGAUUCUAGAGAUGUUGCAUCCAUAGUUUCUCAGCAAGUCAAUUACGCUAAACAUUCAUACUUUGAAGCCAAACAAACUUUACCAAAAGAUGACGAAGAACUAUUUGAUAAAUAA